AUGCCCAGACUAAUACAGCGAGAAGUGUUGGCCGAUGGACGAUGGACCCAGAAACUAAUCACUUGGGAACCUGCCGCUGAUCUCCAGUUGUUGCAUCUUCAGCAGAUCAUCGCAAAGCUGGAGUCGCGAUUCGAGAAGCUCAUUGACCGAAAACGCUUUAUGGAACAGAAUUUCCAGCGAACUGCCCGAACGCAGCAAGCGCAUUAG